AUGCAUACUUCUAUCAAAGAUAUUGGGAACGAUAUUCAAAAAGUAAAAAAAAAAUAUGGGAGUGACAAGAAGCGAAAUGUUGAUAUGGACAAACGAGGUGCUGCCCUAUGUUAUUAUGUUGAUGGUAGAAUUCUUGGAUAUGAGCAUUCUCACAAUAGUGAAAUCUGCAAUGAAUGGUGGUUUGUAGUCCUCCUUCUACGACGAGAGAUCAAGAAAGGAUCUUUUUCGUUGAUGUGGACAAAUCAAUUUCAGGUCCCGACCAAUGCACGCAAAUCACAGUGUAACAUAAACACUGGGCGUCCUCGGCUCACGUUCCAUAUUCUUUUUAGAUUCUUCAUUCUUGGUCUUUUAGGGAUUUGUCUUUUUCAGUUUCUUGUGUAUAUUGGAAUUAGCUAUAGCUCUCCAACCAUGGCAAGUGCUAUUUCUAACUUGACUCCAGCAAACACAUUCUUGCUUGCAAUUGCUUUCAGGAUGGAGAAAAUAGACACAAGGAAUUCAAGCAGUUUAGCGAAAUUAUUUGGAACCAUAGUAGCAAUAUCGGGAGCAAUGGUGUUCACAUUAUAUAAAGGUCCUGAAAUUUUUCACACAAACUCUUCGUCUAAUUCACAUAAUCAUCUUCUUUUGUCACAAGCAUCGGAUUGGGUUUUUGGAGGUCUGAUUCUUGUUAUGGCGGGAAUCGUUUCUUCAAUAUGGAAGGUUUUACAAUCAGCUACAUCUAGAGAGUACCCGGAUCAAGUAACGGUUGUGUUUUUCUACUGCCUAUUUGGGACAAUUCAAUGUAUAGUUCUAUCUUUAUUCCUAGUUGAAAAUCCAAGCGAUUGGGUGAUGCAACCAGGAAUCACAAUGGUUGCUGUUGUUUUGGGGGCUGUAAUUUCCACUGCAUUUCGUAGUAGUGCAUUGAUUUGGUGCCUACAGAAGAAAGGUCCAGUUUUUGUGGCAAUGUUCUCACCCCUUUCCAUAGUAAUUGCAACAAUAAUGGGUGUCACGUUUCUUGGUGAUUCUCUUUAUUUAGGAAGUGCCAUUGGAGCCAUGAUAAUUGCUGGAGGAUUUUAUACGGUGAUGUGGGGCCAGGCCAAACAAAAGAAGAUAGAGACGGAUUUGGAGGGUGCAGAUGAACUUGGAUCACCAAACCCUACGACUCCUCUCCUUUCAUCCGGAGGUGAUCGAAAUGUUAGUUUGUGAUUAUACCAAAUGUAUGAAAACCUUAUUAGGUGUUGUUUUUCUUAUUUAUUGGAUUUAAUAAAGACCGGAAUAUAUCCGCUUAAAUAUAACCUUUUUACUUAAAUAGAUGUGUGCCCAGAUAAAGUGUCC